AACAGCAGGAUGGUCGUGGUGUGGACGAUGGUGUUGGGACUUCUGACACUCCAGGCCCAAGCUCAGCUGUCCAUCCUGGAGAAGAUCAUCAGGAUGUACAAGCAACGUGGUCUGCCCUUCAGAGAGAACAGGUUCCUGGACAACAAGCCUCUCCUGAGCGAGUACGACUUCAUCGUGGUCGGUGCUGGAGCCGCGGGGUGUGUGGUAACCAACAGACUGACUGAGGUACCUGACUGGAAGGUACUGCUACUGGAGGCAGGGGUUGACGACAACUAUUAUACAGACGUGCCAAUCUUCAACACGUACCUGUGGUGGACCGAGUACAACUGGGGCUACCAGGCGGAGCGGCAGAGUCAAGCCUGCCAGGGCCUGGAGGGCAGGACCUGUCCGUGGCCCGCGGGCAAGGGCAUGGGAGGAGGAACGAUCAUCAACGCCCUCAUCUACACCAGAGGCAACGCGGGGGACUACGAUAGGUGGGCCGCACUCGGCAACCCGGGCUGGAGCUAUGCAGAGGUUCUUCCAUACUUCACCAAAUCGGAGAAAGUCGCGAUCCCUUGGCUAAAAGAAUCUCCGUACCACGGGCACUACGGCCCUUUGAAUGUUGAUUAUGUUCCAUUCCACACCCCACUUCGAGACGCAUUCAUGGAGGCCGGAAAAGAAGUCGGGUAUGACUUUAUUGAUUAUCACGAUCCAAAUACUCCUAUCGGAUUUUCUCCUAUUCAAGCAACAAUGUAUAAAGGUAGAAGAAACGGGGCGUCUAGGACUUUUCUCUACCCGAUUAGAAAGAGAAGGAAUUUCCAUGUCACCACUCAAGCUCACGUUACCAAGGUUUUGAUAGAUCCUAGAACUAAAAGAGCGUACGGAGUGGAGUUCAUCAAAAAAGGGAGGAAACGAGUCGUGUUUGCUAGAAAAGAAGUUAUACUAUCCGCUGGAGCCUUCAACACACCACAGAUUCUAAUGUUGUCUGGAGUCGGACCAAGAGACCAUUUGACGGAAAUGGGAAUUCCAGUGAUUUCGGACUUAUCUGUAGGAAAUAAUCUUCAAGAGCACAUCGGUAUGGCCGGUCUGACAUUUCUUGUAAACCAAGAAGUCGGAGUCGUAGUUAACAGACUCCUGAGAAACUUUACUACUUUCGGCAUCCAAUACUUUCAAGGUCAAGGCCCAUUUACGAUGUUAGGGUGCGAGGCAUUAGGCUACAUUCGAACGAAAUACGCAAACGAAUCUGCCUUUCCGGAUAUAGAAUAUAUUUUCGUCCCAGCUUCCUUGGCGACGGACAGGGGCUCGUCCUUAAGAAGAACGAUGGAAGUAAGAGACGAUGUGUACAACGCGGUUUGGGGAGACAUCAACGAAAGAGACGCUUGGACGGUUUGGCCGAUGCUGCUUUAUCCGAAGAGUAAAGGUUUUGUCCGGCUAGCGAGCACGAAUCCACUGAAACCUCCCAAAAUCUUCGCUAACUUUUUAACAGAGAAGAUUGACGAGUUGGUGAUGGCUGAAGCUCUACAAACGGUGGUCGACCUGAGCAAGACGCAGGCCUUCCAGAAGUUCGGGUCCAAGCUCCACGACGUACCUAUCCCCGGGUGUGCUCAUCUACAGUUCGGCUCGCGGGAGUACUGGGGCUGCUCGGUGCGCCAGCUGACCCUACAGCUGCACCACCAGUGCGGCACCGCCAAGAUGGGACCUCCCAGCGACGUCGAGGCCGUGGUCGACCCUAGCCUCCGCGUGUACGGCGUGGCAGGGCUGCGGGUGAUAGACACUUCCAUCAUACCAGUCAUCACCGGCGGCCACACCAUGUCCACGGCCUACAUGAUCGGUGAGAAGGGAGCGGACAUGAUCAAGCAGCGGUGGCUCUCCAACAGACACUUCGGCAAAUAAACUCGCCUCACACAGUACAAAUGACAUGUAUGUAGUUGUAAAUCAGUGAGAUUAUUUAUUUACUUUAAGUUUAGUAUUAAAACCCCGUUUUUGUAUAAAAAACACUAAUGUGUCACCAGUUAGCCAAAGCAGUAAUACCAAUUAAUUUGUCAAUUUAUGAAACUAGAUUAAUUAAAAUUAAAUUAUUUUUAUGGAAUUACAUUAAGUUUACAUAACUUUGCAAAUGUAAUAUUUUAUUUAGUUACACAAUACAAAAAACAAUUAUCAAAUUGGCACUUUAUACAUCUCGGUGAGUAUAUUGAAAACAAUAUACAUACAAUAAAUUACAGCCCUAAAA